AUGGCCGAUGCAGCCCAACCAGCCAGUAACUCAUCCGGCGUCACAGCAGAGUCCAUAAAAGAGUCCCUUAUUACCAAAUUAGGUGCCCAGCAUGUAGAAAUCGAGGAUCUAUCAGGCGGCUGCGGCCAGGCUUUUCAGGCAAUAAUCGUCUCGCCCCAAUUCGAUAACAAGACCAUGCUCGCUCGACACCGCUUGGUGAAUUCCGCCCUGAAGGCUGAAAUUGCUGCGAUUCACGCUUGGACUCCGAAAUGCUACACCCCAGAGCAGUGGGAGAGCGCAAAGCAAUGA